AUGCAGCUAUAUCAUCAUCCGUAUUCCUUGGACAGCCAGAAGGUGCGGCUAGCAUUGGAAGAAAAGAACAUCGAUUACACAUCAUUUCAUGUUAAUCCUAUCACUGGCAAGAAUUUCGAUUCCAGUUUCUUCCGGAUGAAUCCAAGUGCAAAACUUCCCGUUUUUCAGAAUGGCUCCCACAUCUUAUAUGACACUAUAGAGAUCAUUCAGUACAUAGAAAGGAUUGCUUUGGUCUCUUCUGGCAGGGACGACCCGACUCUCAGCAGCAGAGAAGUUGUUGAAUGGAUGCAUAAAAUACAACAAUGGAAUCCCAAGUUCUUUACUCUCUUCCACCUCCCCGUGAAAUAUCGCCUUUCUGUUUCUAAAUUCUUAAGGCGUGUUUUAAUUGCUAGAAUGGCCGAGACUCCUGAAUUGGCAAGUGCAUAUCACCGUAAGCUAAGAGAAGCAUAUGAAACAGAAGAUAAAAUGCAGGAUAUGGAAGUUCUGAGGCGGAGCGAAGAGCAUCUCGAGAGGAUUCUCGAUGAAGCAGAAAGUAAGCUCGGAGAAACAACGUAUCUGGUUGGAGACGAGUUUUCUUUGGCAGACAUCACGUUCAUUCCUAUUCUGAGUCGACUGGUUCUCUUGAAUUUGGAAGAGAAAUACAUCAAUACCCGGCCAAACAUGGCUGAGUACUGGAAUAUGGUGCAGCAGAGACCUAGCUAUAAAAAGGUGAUUGGACGAUACUUUCGCAGUUGGAGAAGGCAGAGGACACUACUGAAAACUUGGUGCUAUGUGCAAAUCAGACGAUUAUUGAGACGAUAUUGA